AUGGCUUCAUCGUCAAAAUCUCUUUGUGUGAAUGAUAUUAUAAAUUUGCUGGAGGCAGAUGAGCUGAGUGAAGAUACUAUUUUCUUAGAACCUCCGGAUGAAAAUAUUACUGACGAAGACUCCGAUAACGAUGAACAUACAGGUGAUAUAAACCAUUUACCUGCUAGUGUAUUGAAAGCUAAUGUUAUUUUACCGAAAGAAAUUCUCAACACCGACAAUUAUUACGAAUCAAAAAAAAAAAAAGUUGUGACUACAAAAAAAAAUCGGGUUGUAGUGGGCAAGAAAAAAAGUCAAAAAGAUUCAUUUCAAAUUUGGCGUGAAGGAGAUUUAGAGACUCCUAAAAUAACAGAGCUUUGGGGUCCAGAUGAAAACAGUAAAAUAAAAUAUGGCUCACUUGCGCCAUUUGAACUUUUUGAAUUAUUUUUCGAUGAUCAAGUUUUUGAUUCUAUUGUACAAUAUACAAACAUUUAUGCUUCUUCUAAAAAUAUUUCCUUGGACUUGACAAAAAAUGAAUUGAAAUGUUUUAUUGCAAUUCUCUUAUUAUCUGGGUAUAAUGAAAUGUCUCGGCGACGUAUGUACUGGGAAAAGGCCCCUGAUACAAAUAAUGGUUUAGUGUCCAAUGCUAUGAGGCGAAAUAGAUUUGACGAUAUAUUUCAUAAUCUUCACUUUUCAAACAACAACAACUUGGAUAAUUCUGAUAAAUAUGCAAAAAUAAGACCGUUGAUUACUAUGAUAAAUACUAGAUUCCUAAUGCACGCUCCUCACGAAGAAUUUCAUAGCAUAGAUGAAUCCAUGGUGCCAUAUUAUGGUAAACAUGGAUGCAAACAAUUUAUCCGAGGAAAACCAAUUCGUUUUGGAUUUAAAGUGUGGGUUGGGACAUUGCGUCUAGGAUAUGCAUUAUGGAUCUCUCCUUACCAAGGAAAAAAUACCGGGUUCAACCAAACAGAUGUCGGAUUAGGAGGAUCUGUUAUUUUAGCUUAUGCUAACCAAAUUAUAAACCAUCGACCUGCUCCAUAUCAUUUGGUGUUUGACAAUUUUUUUACGGGUGUCACUCUUUUGGAAAAGCUCAAAUCUAUCAACAUUCGCGCGACAGGUACAAUUCGGUCAAACAGAGUUAUGAAAUGUCCAAUUGAUUUUGGAAAAAUGAAAAAACAACCAAGAGGGUCUAGCUGUAGUUUUGUUUCAAAUAAUGCAAUUUUUAUUUGCUGUUGGCGUGAUAAUAACAUUGUUUGCUUAGCUUCAAAUACUAUUGGGACAGAUCCUAUUUCUGUGGCAAACCGUUGGUCUACUUCCGAAAAAAAAAGAUUACGGAUUUCACAACCAAAUAUCGUUUCUGUUUAUAACAAAAAUAUGGGUGGUGUAGAUCGAAUGGACCAAAAUAUAUCACAAUAUCGUAUUGGGAUCAGAGGUAAAAAAUGGUACUCUUCUAUUGUUCUAUAUAUUAUAGACUUAGCCGUUCAAAAUGCAUGGCAGCUUCAUAGGAUGUAUAAUAAAAAUAAAAUGGAUCAAUUGGCAUUUCGAAGAAGCAUAGUCAUUUCAUAUCGAUGA